AUGGCAACCCGCUCCCGGCCGCCCUCUCGAACCCGCUCCCCUAUCGAUCAAGGGGACCUGGGACCCUUCCUUCCGUCAGCCGCCCCUGUCGAGCUUGGGGAAGUAUCCCUCGAGCGCGUCACACGCCUCCUCCUUGGCCUCCUUGGCCAAGUCGAACGCCUUGAACGGGAAGUCGGGGAAAUCAAAGAAGCAGGGAUCAAGACCCGCACCAACGUCAAGAAUAUAUCCCAAGCCGUUGAUGUUGUCAAGGAUGGGCUUAGAAGCCUCCAACUCCAGGGGCCCCGGACCCCAGAAGAUACCAAGCCCCCAGUCGUGGAAGCAACGCCAUGUCCCCUAUCAAAAGUUGACCCUAUUGGAUUGACUAGUCGGGUCUUGUUCUGGCCCGAACCAUCCAAAGGACUCCCCAUCUUUGCCCAACCCACUCCUGUACAAGCAGUGCCCCUGCGAGUGCCAUCUCCCCCUCCAUCUCCGCAUCUCCGAUCCCCGAUUGGAACAGCAGCCCCUCCACCUCCAGCUCCAGUCGCCGCCUAUCCUGCCCCGGUCAAAGUAGACCACCCAGACGCCUACACAGGCAAAAUUGGGAGUGAAGCCAAGCAGUGGCUCACAAGGAUGUUGGCAUGGACCCGGCUAAACGCCCGGAUGUUCCCCACAGAUCAGGAGGUCUUAUCCUUCCUCCUGAUGAAUAUGAAGGAUACUGCUGGAGCCUGGGCCCAUCCUCACCUCAACCAGCUUGGGUCACACCAAGCAAUCAUCCAAACAGUCAAAGGGUUCAAAAUGGAGUUCCUGGCAGCAUUUGGCGACCCUGAUGCCACAAGGGCCGCCGAGCGGAAGAUAACCACUCUUACCCAGUCCGGCACAUGCGCGGACUAUAUUACAAACCGCCAAAUUGCAACCCGCAAGCACUGGCCCCGCACACUUCUUGAGCUGCAAAAUGCAGCACUUGUCAUCGACAACGCUCUCCGCGAAGAGCAAGCUAGCCACCCACCAAGGGAUAAUAAGUCUAGCAGACCAUCCAACCCCGCAAGGGGGACAAGUACCGGCCAAGCCACAACCGGUUUGAAGAAACUCUCCAACGACCCCAACUUUGUGUUGGAAGAAGAACGCAAUUGCCGCCGCGCCGCAGGCGCCUGUAUCAAGUGCGGCAAAAUGGGUCACAAGUUUGCGGAAUGCCGCACGGGCUGGAAGGCCACCCCUGUUGAGGAUAAGGGGAAGGCUAAGGAAGCCGCCAAGAUUGGCGAAGACUCCGAGUACCAAUCGGGAAAAGAUUGUAUAGAGAUUUGUCAUGUAUCUACAGUAUCAAAAUUAUCACCCCUCUUCACAAUCCCUAUACAACCAAAGCAAGCAGAAUCUAUAGAAGUCCUGAUUGACUCAGGCGCAACCUCCUCAUUUAUGCACCCCCAAACCGCGGAAUCACUCCGCUUACCACUCAUUGACCUCCCUUCCCCUCGCACCGUAACUAUGCUCGAUGGGUCGAGCCCCCAGGCUGGAAAAAUCUGGAAGAAGGCCUCCCUAACCUUCUCCCUUGAUGGUAAACAAAUGACCGAGACCUUCCUAAUCUGUAACACAGGGUCUCACGCCGCCAUCUUGGGAUUGAAAUGGCUGGACGCGCACAACCCAGAGAUUGAUUGGAAUACGCAAACCCUCACCUUUCCUCACGCUGUACCGGAACAUGUGGCCAUUGCCGAGGAGGAAGAAGCAGACAAGAACCCGCUUGAAGGAGUACCCUCCAAAUACCAUAGAUACGCCAAGGUAUUUGGAGAGGAGGAAUUCAACAAGCUUCCCCCUCAUAGGCACUACGAUAUUGGGAUCAAGCUCAUGGAAGAGGGUCCCCUGAACUCUCCCCUGUACAGCAUGACGGACGCCAAAUCCGCCACUCUCAAGGACUGGCUCAGGGACAAGUUGAAAGCAGGGAAGAUCCGUCCUAGCAAAUCCUCAAUUAGCUCCCCUGUUAUGUUUGUUCCAAAAAAGGAUGGCUCCCGCCGACUGGUCGUUGACUACCGCCGCCUCAAUAACCGGACAAAGAAGAAUGUCUAUCCGUUGCCUCGCCCAGAUGAUCUCAUGGCCCAGCUCCGCAGCACCAAAAUCUUUACUAAGCUAGAUCUAAGGUGGGGGUACAACAAUGUCCAGGUAAAAGAAGGCAACGAAUGGAAAACUGCCUUCCGUACCAAAUAUGGCUUAUACAAGUCCCUGGUCAUGACUUUUGGCCUGACAAACGCACCCGCGGCUUUCCAACACUUUAUGAACAAGUUAUUCAAAGACUUACUUGAUGUAUGCGUCAUCAUUUACCUUGAUGAUAUCCUUAUUUACUCCAAGGAUGACGCAUCACACACGCAACACGUUCAUGAGGUCCUCAAACGGUUAAUGGAGAACCAGCUAUUCUGCAAGGCAUCCAAAUGUACCUUUCACGUCACCUCUGUGGAAUACCUUGGGAUCAUUGUCUCUGACAAGGGUUUUAGUCUGGAUAAGCUCAAGAUCCAAGCGGUUCAGGAAUGGCCGGUACCUACUAAGGUUAAGGAAGUUCAGUCGUUCCUAGGCUUUGCCAACUUCCUUUGUCGCUUUGUCGCCAACUUUAGCCACAUAGCCAGGCCGUUACACAACCUUGUCAAGAAGGACAUACCCUGGAAAUGGGAAGUAAGGGAGCAGGAAGCAUUCCAAAAUCUAAAGGAUGCUAUUACCAACGCACCGGUAUUGUGCCACGCCAACCCCACUAAGCCGUACUUCCUUGAGACCAAUGCCUCAGGCGCAGCACUGGGUUCCAUUCUAAGCCAAAGACAGGAAGAUGGGCGUCUCCACCCACUAGGGUUCCUGUCAGAAUCCUUCAAAGGGGCUGAACAGAAUUACGAUACCCACGACAAGGAACUCCUGGCCAUCAUUUGGUCAUUUGAAUACUGGCGCAUCUUUCUGGAAGGGACCCUGCAUCCAAUCACUGUCUUCACGGAUCACCGGAACUUGGAAUACUGGAAGGAAUCUUGCACUUUCAAUCGACGCCAUGCCCGAUGGCACCUACUACUGGCUGGCUAUAACUUCCAGAUUGUGUACAGACCCAGUAAACAGUCAGGGAAGCCAGAUGCACUGUCACGCCAAGCAGACCAUGCCGAUAUUCCUCCUGCAGAUCAAACCAUGCUCCCAGACCCUGUCUUUGCCAACGUUGCGCUAGUCUUGCCAGAAAAGGAAUUACAACGCCAGAUCGAGCAAUCCCUAGACCAAGACAAGUCCUUGGAGGAAAUCCUCCAAUUCCUCCAAAACGAAUCAAAGGCACCACCUUCCAUCAAACAAGCAUUCAAGGAUUACAAAAUGGAAGCCAGGUUGUUAUUCUACCAAGGACAAAUUGUAGUACCAGAUGUAGGCACCCUAAGGACGGACCUGCUACGGAUAUUCCACGAUAGCCCCUUAGCGGGACAUCCUGGUAGACAACAAACCCUAGAAUUGGUCUUGCGCAACUACUACUGGCCUGGCAUCCGUGCGGACACCUAUUGGCACGUGGACUCCUGUGAAACAUGUCAACAAAUCAGGAAGCCCAAGUAUGCGUCUAUUCCACCUCAGCCCCUAGAACUUCCAACUAGACCCUGGCAACACGUUUCUUACGACAUGAUUGUGGACUUACCUAAGGACGGAAACCACGACUCAAUCCUGGUCAUCAUUGAUAGCUUCACCAAGUACGGGAUAUUUGUCAAAUGCUCCAAGAAGCUGAAAGCCCUGGAACUAGCGGAAUUAUUCCUGGAACACGUAUGGAAACGACACGGCAUGCCCAAGAAAACAAUCUCAGAUAGAGGAAGAGUGUUCAACAACAAGUUCCUGAAGGCGCUGUACAAACGUCUGGGAAUAGACCCCCACUUCUCCUUGGCGUAUCAUCCCCAGAGCAACGGACAGACAGAACGAGUCAACCCAUCCAUUGAACAUUUCCUCAGGGCAUACUCAGGGGUCAACCAACAAGACUGGACCAAAUGGCUGCCAAUGGCCGAAUUUGCCUACAACAACGCGGUACACAGUAGCACCGGAAAAACUCCCUUCAAAGCCCUGUAUGGAUGGGAGCCCACCUUGACCCCGUCCAACGUACCAACAGACGUUCCGGAAGCAGACAACCUUGCCCAGACAAUGGAGGCACAAUGGAAGGAAGUAGAAUCCGCCUUACGGCAAUCCAAGCAACGGAUGAUAGCCGGAGAAGACGGGAACCCAGUGGAAUUUGAGAUCGGAGAAGAAGCAUGGCUGGACUCCAAAAACGUAAAUCUCAAGACCCUGAGCCCCAAGUUAACCAAGCAAUGCUUAGGGCCAUUCAAAGUUAUUGAGAAGAUAUCCAACCACGCCUACCGACUUGAGCUACCCCCAACUAUGCGUAUCCACAACGUUUUCUAUGUGGGACUCCUAUCCAAGGUCAAAAGGGACAAGAAACGCGCCUUUGAAAUUCGUCCCCCACCAGUCACCAUAGACGGAGAAGAGGAAUAUGAAGUGGAGGGGAUCACUGAUGCCAAAGAAAGGAACGGAGAAUGGUUUUUCCGAGUCAAGUGGAAGGGUUAUGGGUCAGAAGAGAACACGUGGGAACCCAGGGAGAACCUAAAAAACGCAGGGAAAAUUUUGGAAAAAUAUGAGAAGGACAUGAGAAAGAAGGCCCUUGGCGCCGCCAAGGCCCUUAGAGGGGGGGCAGUGUUGUAG